UCUAGGUUUACUUAGGAUGGAUGCGUUUGUUUGAUGGUCACGCGCUGCAGAAUUGUUGUCCGCGCGAGCGUCAUUCCCGAUGAAAAGGAGUGCGGACUGAAGAGGCGCGCGGAGAGAGCGUUUGUUAUGUGAACAUGGGCAGCUGAAAGCUCUGGAUCUAGUGGAAACGAAAGGUUGGAAUGGUUGCCUUAUACCUCUCGCCAAAGUGUUACUGUAACUGGACUGAAGGAAGUUAAAGGGGCUUUUCAGCUUCACCACAGUAACAGAAUAUUGAGGGGCGCUGCGUGCUAACGAGCUACAUGGGACAUACUUUGAAUUAUUUAAUUGCGGCUCGCGCAAGCGCGUUUUGAGAAUAAUGACGCGCAGAUGGUAGACUAAAGCGCGUUCAUGGAAAACGGACACAUUUGCGUUUGGGAAGGUAAAAACUGACACUGUAUCGAGCGCGUUUGGCCCCUCUCGUCAUGCGGCGGUGGGGGAGGAUCGGAGCAGGGACCUUGCAGCGGAUUUCAUGUUUCGCAACAAUGUUAAUGCCCCAUACCGAGGGAUUAUAAGGCCUCAAAAUGACACUUGGUUUACUAAUGUGCACUCGAGAAGUUGCGUAUAGAGUUUGUCCUGCGAAUUUCUAUCGAUAAUAACCAAAGCUGAAAGCCCAGUUCAGUCGAAAGUCAUUAAACGGGAAUGUAUAUAUAAAGUAUCAAUUGAAUAGCAUCCAGCACAGCAUGCCAAGUCUAUGAUCUGUAUUGCUUGCUUGAGUUGGACAGGGUAUCAUUUCGGAAGCUUUCGUGUAUCUUAACGCGUCUUUAUGUGUGAAGUUAUUUUGUGGUCCUCUGCGCAAAUGGCGUCUUUCCCAGACUCCGACCUGCAAACAUGUCCGCUGUGCAAGGAGCUGUGCGGCUUCUCUGCUCCGAUCUCCUCCAAUUCAUCUACCUCCUCCUCGUCCUCCCAGACCUCCAGCUCCUCAUCUACCUCAUCCACCAGGAGACUGCACGUCCUGCCCUGUCUCCACGCCUUCUGCAGGCAAUGCCUAGAGGGCCACAGGAGCCCAGGUGACCCGCUGAAGCUCAGAUGCCCCACAUGCGACCAAAAAGUGUCUCUGUCGGAAUCCGGCGUGGACGCGUUGCCUUCCUCCAACUUUCUCUUCAGUGACCUGCUGGAUGUGGUGGUCUCUGCUGAGGAACAGGGCAAGAACGGUCGGUCUUCAUCGGUGGUCCAUCACGGCGGUCUUCUGAGACCCCAGCAUCUGUCAGACCCUCAGUGCAGCUCUUGUGAUGAGGGCAACCCCGCUGCUUCCCACUGCCUGGACUGCCAGGAGUAUCUGUGUGAUAACUGCGUCAGGGCUCACCAGAGGGUCCGACUCACCAAAGACCACUUCAUCGAGGGGCUUCUAGAGAGCUUACACCUGGCCAACCGCACCAACAACUCCAACACCCCCAUCAACAUCUCCCAGUCCUUCCACAACAGCUUCUCCAUGCUGAAUGUUUUCCAGGAGAGGAUGGACUUCUGCCAGCACCAUGAUGAUGAGGUGCUGCGGUUUUUCUGUGACAGCUGUGGUGUGCCAAUCUGUAGAGAGUGCAGCCUGGGUAGACAUGCAGGUCACAGUUUCACUUACCUGCAGGAAGCCCUGCAGGACUCCAGAGCGCUGACCAUCCAGCUGCUCGCAGACGCACAGCAGGGCAGACAGGCUGUACAGGUUAGUGAACAACUACAAUCUCUCAUACACCAGCACAAACACCUGCUGGCUGUUUUAAGAGAAAUUUCUGUAUUUUCCCUUCCUGCUGUCUAACUUGGACCUCAGUGUGUUUUACCAUAUGCAACAAGACUUGCAUUAGCUUUAUUUUUCUUACUCUGACUACCAAAAUUAAUAAAUAUUGAGCAAUAAAUAAUUUCCACAGAAUUAAUUGGUAGUCGUUUACUGUGGUGUCUUUACGGUCAGCUGUCAUUUGUCAAUGCUUCAGUGUCACGUUGAGUUGUUGUUUUUGGUACAAUACAAUUAUAAAUUUGGAGUCUCAUUUUAUUUUUAUUUUUUUAUGAAGAUGAAACUUUAAUCAAGCAACAAGGCAUUAAAUUGAUUAAAAAGAGACACUCUUAGAUAUUCUCUCUUACUGUCAAAUUAAUGCUGUUCUUUUGAACAUUGUUUUCACAAAAGAGCAACUGUAUUUAGGGAUGGGUACCGAAACCCGGUAUUAAAGUGGCCCUGGGGCUAAAUUAUGAAAGACCGUAGUAGCAGUAAGA